CACACACAUAAAUCGAUCUAACAAUAGUAUAAUCCACUAUAUCAAGGAUCUCGCAGACUCGACAUUAGCAUUACCACCCAGUCAACGUUUGUCGAAUGGAGCACCAACAAUUGAACACUCGACAUGUCUUGACAUGUCAAGGGGUACCUAGGUAGUGCCCAAAUUACUUUCUACUUCGUCGUCUUCCAUGUUAUCUAUGAUCUAUCCCAUGCUUGAUUCCUCUGAAUCCUCUCAGUGAUACUACCUUAGGUACUUUAUAAUUAUAACUCGACAUUACUAAAUUACAAAUAUGCCACCAUUAUCAGGAACAGCAACUGCCAGCGGAGACCCGAAUGCACGAAUUCGAGUGGGCCGGCUGGCAUUAUGCGGAAAGGGCUGUGGCUGCUGGUCCAAGUCCUUGGACACCGCAAAGAAGCAUGAGAAGCGCUGCAAUGGCAGCACAACCGACACUACCCGGGUUCGAAAAAAGAUCCGGGAAUAUGGCGGAGAUGCCUUAGAGAAGCAGCUCUGCACGAAAGGCUGUGGAAGCUCAUACCCGGCAAUCAACAUUGACAACCAUGCCGAGCAUUGUCCCGGCGUUGUCCUACAACCAACGGUGAAGAUGCGAAAAUUUACACAAGGAACAAGGGAGUUUUCACCAGGCCGAAAACAUGUGAAAUGCCGCCUAUGUGGCAUUACUUACGCCAGAAGGAAUAUCGACCGCCAUGAGGAUCGAUGCAAUACGUUACUAUAUACAUGAUAUAUCCCCUCGACAUGUCUUGACUUGUCAGGGGGUAGUAUGGGGGCACGCCACGAUGCAAU